CAGCUGCGGGCGGAGACAUGGCCAACAUCGCGGUGCAGCGAAUCAAGCGGGAGUUCAAGGAGGUGCUGAAGAGCGAGGAGACGAGCAAAAAUCAAAUUAAAGUAGAUCUUGUAGAUGAGAAUUUUACAGAAUUAAGAGGAGAAAUAGCAGGACCUCCAGACACACCAUAUGAAGGAGGAAGAUACCAACUAGAGAUAAAAAUACCAGAAACAUAUCCAUUUAACCCCCCUAAGGUCCGGUUUAUCACUAAAAUAUGGCAUCCUAAUAUUAGUUCUGUCACAGGAGCUAUUUGUUUGGAUAUCCUGAAAGAUCAAUGGGCUGCAGCAAUGACUCUGCGCACUGUGUUGUUGUCAUUGCAAGCACUGCUGGCAGCUGCAGAACCGGAUGAUCCACAAGAUGCAGUAGUGGCAAAUCAGUACAAACAAAAUCCUGAAAUGUUCAAACAGACAGCUCGACUUUGGGCACAUGUGUAUGCUGGAGCACCAGUUUCUAGUCCAGAAUACACCAAAAAAAUAGAAAACCUAUGUGCUAUGGGCUUUGAUAGGGUAAGUACAUCAAGGAGUCUUGAUUUUAAUAAUAUAUUGAUUUUAAAUUACUGCUGCAAAUCCUUUGCUGCCAUUAAUGGUCUGACAAAUAAGAGAAAAUCUUGUUUUGGUUCCCCACUGUCGUCCUGA